AGCUUGAUCACGUGCAGAAAUCGAGCGGAGUUUUGAAACGAUCGUUCGAAUUCAGGACGAAGAGAUGUCAGACUCAGAAGUUCUUUUCAUCAAAGGCUACAAGGUUGAUCUCACCAAAAUCCGGGAGACAUAUGGGACUCGACCAGAGGAUCCGGACAAUAGCAGAUUUUUAGCAAUCUGGGAGAAAUUUCCCCUCCCUUUCAAAUAUCUUGGAAACGGGGAUGAGCCGCAUGGGCAUGUCGCCUUGGUGCUGGUCCUUGAAGAUGGAUAUGAUAAAGCGGAUCUCGAAGGGAAAGAAAUACCGGCUCUCGGUGCUCCAUACGACAGUGUUUUCACGCCAGGGAUCUGGGUCAGUCAUUAAGCAAGAUCGAUUGAGUUAGCAACGGGCAAAGGAAUCACAUGUAUUAAUAGCAGGUGGAAUGUGGUUCUGAAUCUCAAUGUUUAGUGUUGUACAGCACGAAGCAUGAAGCUGAAGGCCCAGUGGAAGGCUUCUAACGCGGCAAUGCAAUCUUCUGCUUAACUCGUCAUUGCAAAAACCGUGGUCCUCGAACACCUAGCACGGCAGGAGAAAUGAAUUCACAUCCCUUUAUCGUAACCACCAUCAUAUAGAAACCCAAUCAAUAGUACAAC